GCGCGCGUUCCAGAUCGCGUCAAAAGCAACACCACUCACCCAUUCAUUCUCAUCCACAUUUCUAGCGACGAAUCUGGCCGCACUUUGCUCAGUCUACGACGAGGAUGGACUUUGCUCCCUCUUCGACGGCGGCGGGCGCCAGCGAUGGAGGUCUCAACGUUCAGAUCGUACACACACCGGGCCUGACGAGAGUCGUCCACGCGCCAAAGAACUCCAGGGGCCAGAGCAGCGAUCGCAUCUUUACCGCCGGCGAUGACUUUCUCGUGCGCAUGCUGCCGGCACAGCUCGACUCGUCGAUGGAGCCCCUCAUGAUCGACGACUGCACCAAGCCAGUGACGUGGAUCGACGCCGAUGCAGACUACCUCGUCACCGCCUCCGAGGACGGCUGUGUGCGCAUCUACCAGCACAACACUGCCGCGGCCCAGGAAGGCGGCGUGGGCGACACGCAGGUCUCGCCCACCGACCUUGUGGCCGUUCUCACCAGGGUCACGCUCUCGGCUCGCUGCGCCGCCCUGGAGCGGGCCGUGUCGCCGGGAAAGACGCCCAGGGUGGCUGUAUGCAGCGACGAGCUCGUGGUAAAGGUCAUCGACUCGGGCGACCUCAAGCGCGUGCAGCUCCUCACUGGCCACACCAGGCCCGUCAGAGCAGCGGCGUGGUGCCCCACCCAGCCGCUCCUCGUCACCUGCUCCAGCGAUGGCUCAGCGAGGAUCUGGGACCUGUCGACGACCGAGCCAGACUGCGUGAAGGUCCUCGAUGGCCUCGUCUCGACGCACGCGGCUGCCGACUCGGAGCUGGCUUCUCAGGCUGUCUGGCAUCCCUCGGGCCAGUACUUUGUUGUGGCCGGAAAGGCAAACGACCUCGUCCUCAUCAGUGCGCCCUCGUGGCAGAAGGCCGGCGCCUUUGUCGCAGAAGGUCCCGAGGCACCCAGGGGCGCCAUCACUGCCCUGGCCUUUUGCCCCAAUGGCCGGUACCUGGCCAGCGCGACAACCGAUGGCCAGGUGAUGGUCUGGGAAGCGGCGACGCGGCGCGCACUGCAUUCUCGCAAGGCAGAUGGCCUCGUCACCGGCAUCUCGUGGUCCCCUGGCCACGAUGCGCUGGCCUGGGUCGACAACAGUGGCCAGCUCGUUCGAUGGCAGAACGUCGUCGGCAGUACCUCGCCCUCGCCUUAUGAGCACGUCGAGCAUGCCAAGUUCACCGCCAACAAGGCAAGGGGCAGCAAGGCCCACACGGACGACAUCGACGACCUCUUUCGCGGGACCGACAUCGACGAUGACGAUGACCUGAUGGAUGUGGAAGGCGAUGGAAGAGCCAAGGCAACGUCGCCCGAUGUCGUUGAUGAAGAAGACGAGCAGUCACUCUACCAUCGCAGGAGGUCGGCGCUGCCGAGUGCAACGACACGCGCCCAGCCAGCGUUCCAGCCCUGCUCGACGCCCAUGAAGAACAAGCGACGCUUCCUGUGCUUCAACAUGAUCGGGUCCCUCGUCGCAAACGAUCAGGGCAGCCACCAGUCCAUCUCCUUUGAGUCGCACGACGCGGGUGCGCGGCGCAACUGGCGCUUCGUCGAUCACUUUGGCUACUCAAUGGCUUCCAUGGGCGAAGCUGGCGCUCUCUUUGCAAGCCCCAGCCAGAAGAAUCGCUCGAGCGAGGAGGACGACGACGAAGUACGGGACCACCCUUCGACUGUGUACUUUAAGCCAUUCGAAGCGACGGGCGCCUGGGCCGUUGCAGGCGGCGAAUGGACCGUGAGCCUGCCCCGGGGAGAAGAGGCCGUAGCCGUGGCCAUGGCUGGCCGCGCUGGUUCUCGGUCGUCUUCAGAUGACUGUCCCACAGCCAUUGUGGCUACCUCGAGCGGAUACUUGCGCUUCUUCUCUGGCUCGGGCCUCCAGCGGUAUAUUUGGGCGUUGGGAGGCCAAGUGGUGGCAUUGGCCGCAGGCAAGAGCGUGGCACUGAUUGUGCACCGCGUCGCUGCGACCAUGGACGGUUUCCAGAACCUGUCGUUCUCUCUCAUCGACCUGGCCACGUUUGCGGUGCGCCAAGAGGGAACGAUUCCCCUCGCAAAGGGAGCCACGCUCGCCUGGGCGGGCUUCAAUUCGCUCGAUGCACCGGCGCUGUACGAUAGCACGGGCAAGCUCUUUGUUCUCGACCGGGCUUUUGGCGCAAUGGGUCAGGCACGUUGGGUGCCUUGCCUCGACACGGACCUGAUCAAGUCGAGCAAGACAAGCGCAGCCGACGAGGCAGAGGGAGAGGAAAACAUCGACGAAGCCGUCAAGCCCAAGUUGCGAUUCUGGCCCGUCGGCCUGACGACGACGCACAUGAUGAGCGUCAUGAUGCGGGGAAGCCAGCCGUACCCUGACGCCAACGCCUCGUCGCGCCCAUUGAUCCAGGAAAUCGACCUGGCGAUGCCCGUCGUCGGCCAGGACACACCCGUAACGGCACUCGAGGAAGAGCACCUUCGCUCGGUCAUGCUCGCCCAGUCCAUCCGAGAUGCUCGCAUGGCCCGGCGCCUGCAGGGGCGGAACGAGGACCUGAGAGACGAAGACGAGACGCUCGCGGAGCCGCGGACGCUGGACCACACCGCCGACAAGGCGCUUCUGCAGCUGAUCCAGCAUGCAUGCAAGUCGGACAGGCACGCGAGGGCCCUCGACGCCACGAGGGAGCUCCACGGCAGCCGAAUGCUCGAUGCUGCGCUGCAGAUUGCCGCCUUUUUCCAUUUGGCCAGUCUGGCGGAUCGUAUGGACGAGCUGCGAGCCUGGGUGUCGACGAGGGCGCAGAGGGACGAGACGCGGGCUUAUGGGCUGCUGCCCCCGACGGCCGUGACCGAGGAGGUCGUGACGGUACCGAGGAUACUGGCAUCGAGCAGCCAAGAACCGGCAUCGGCAGAUCAGAGGAGCAAGGAGGCAAAGGCAGCCCUGACGAGACCGUUUGAGAGCUCGGGGAGGAAAUCCUUUGGACGGGGCAGCCUCUCACUGCAGGAACAUGGCCAGACUUCCUCGGCUUCAUCGACGCCGACACCGGAAAAGACAAAGGUCAGCCAGAUGACUAAUGAGGAGGACAGCUCGUCGAGGAAGCGCCGGGCUGAGUCACAGGAGAACGACGAGGACGAGGAGCAAGGAGAGCAAGAACACGAAGGAGGCGCCGGCCAUGCGGUGCUGCGCGAAUCGGAGACGAAACGGAACAAGAGCAGGCACAGCGACUUGGCAGACCCAUUCACCUCGUCGAGCAGCAGCAGUGCAGCCAAAAAGACGAAUCCGUUUGCAGCGACGCGGGGCAUGACGAGAGACAGGAGCAUGCACAAGUCUUCGUCAUUCUUUGAGCGCGUAGACAAGGCCGCGACUCAACAAUCUGCCGGAGCCAAGGCGGGCAAGGGAAAACAAACGACGCUGAUGGGAUUCAAGAAGCCGAGCCUGACGCCGGCGUUUGCAGAGAGCCAGAGCCAAAGCCAGAGCCAAUCCCCGGAUAGAGAGCUUGAUGGAGAGAGUCAAAACAAGGAUCUGGAGAUGGCAAGACUGAGCGACCAGCAGAGUCUGGUGCAGCUAGAGGAGACGCAGAACGACGAUGAGGAGACGCAGAUGUUUUGAGCUCGAUCAAUGGCAUGAUUAUAUUCUU